AUGUUGGCGAGGGUUUGCCAAGUACUCGAUUCGUUGGUAAAUGUGGGUGAGGAUUCGCUAACGACGAGCUUUCGUUAGUAAAUUGUAGGCGGCGUUUCGCCCAGGUCAAACAAAUGUUAUUAUAUUUAUAUAAUUUUCUGUAUCAUGUUAUCUAGACUUUGAAAGCAGAGUUCAAGGCUUUGCGGCAAAGCGUUAAUGUGUUUACUAAGGCAACUGUGGAGAAUGUAAUUAUUAAGAUUAUGAUGUACGCUUCACGUCCGUUGUCCGAGUUUAAUAAAUUCGAGGCUUUGGUGGAAAAUUUGAAUAAUGUGUCGCAAGAGCAGAAACAUGCGUAUCACCGUAUGGUCUACCAAACGUUACGUGGCAAGAUGUCUGUCUCGACGGAGCAAUUUCGUAGUUUACUCUUGCGUUUGUGA